AUGGAAGGCUUAAAUAGAUUGGGUGAUGGAGAGGAGCCUCAUGUAUUGGCCGUUGAUGACAGUGUUGUUGAUAGAAAGUGGAUUGAGAGAUUACUCAAAAGUUCUUCCUUUAAAGUGACGACGGUGGAGAGUGGCACAAGGGCAUUGGAAUACUUGUCCCAGGAAGAAGAACAUGCCAUGGAUUUGAAGGUAAAUUUGAUAAUCACUGAUUACUGCAUGCCUGGAAUGACAGGCUACGAGUUGCUGAAAACAAUUAAGGAAUCCUCAACUCUGAAGGAAAUCCCAGUGGUAAUUGUGUCUUCAGAAAAUUUCCCAACCCGCAUUGAGAGAUGCAUUGAAGGAGGAGCCCUAGAAUACAUUGUGAAGCCCCUUCAAGUGUCAGAUGUGAAGAGGUUGAAAUGCUACAUCAAACUCCCUGAGGGAACAAUGGGAACUUAG